AUGUCGGACCCCGCGUGGCGGGACUCGCACGGGCACUCGGCCGAGCUCCCCGGAGACCUGUCCUCACUGGAGGAGGAAGAGGAGGAAGACGACUCUGAUGCCGGGGCCAGCGGCUUGGGCUCCUGCUCCUCUGCCAGCAGCGACACUGAUCUGGAGCCUGAGUGGCUGGACAGUGUGCAGAGGAAUGGAGAGCUGUUCUACCUGGAACUGAGUGAAGAUGAGGAGGAAAGCCUCCUUCCGGAGAUGAACCAUGUCAGGUUCAGUGAGAAGGAGGUCAUCAUUGAAGAGGAUGAUUCUAGAGAAAGAAAGAAGUAUGAACCCAAGCUCAAGCGCUUGACCAAGAUCCUGAAAAGCAAAAGACUUUUGCGUAAGCACUACCACAAAAAGAGCAGCAGUGACAAUGGGCUGGUGUCCAUUCUGAAGCAUCAGUCCAACCAGAAGACCAGAGUCACCGUGCAGCAGCAGUACAAGGAUGUGACCAUCUAUAUCAACCCCAAAAAGCUGACGGCCAUCAAAGCCAGGGAGCAGCCCAAACUCCUGGAAGUGCUGGUGGGAAUCGUCCACCAGACCAAGUGGAGUUGGAAAAGGAGCGGGAAGCAGGCCGACGGGGAGAGGCUCGUGGUGCACGGCCUGCUGCCAGGAGGCUCUGCCAUGAAGAGCGGUCAGGUUCUGGUUGGUGAUGUCCUUGUUGCUGUGAAUGAUGUAGAUGUGACUUCUGAAAACAUAGAGAGAGUUCUGUCUUGCAUCCCUGGACCAAUGCAGGUGAAGCUGACAUUUGAAAAUGCAUAUGCUGUGAAAAAGGAAACAACCCAACCAAAAAAGAAAAAGACCCAGUCGAGCACGAAUGAUUUGGUGAAACUUCUCUGUGGGUCAGAGGCUGAAGGCACCCAGCACAGUAUCCUGGGCACCCCACACAUCAUCAUGUACCUCACCCUGCAGCUCCAGUCAGAGGUGUCCAAGGAGGAGCAGGAAAUUCUGUACUACUACCCAGUAUCCGAAGCCUCUCAGAAACUCAAGAGUGUGAGGGGGAUUUUUCUCACACUCUGUGACAUGCUGGAAAGCGUAACUGGGAUGCAAGUUACUAGCUCAUCCCUCCAUUUAAAUGGGAAACAAAUUCAUGUUGCCUUCUUGAAAGAAUCUGACAAGUUGUUGUUAAUUGGCCUGCCUGCUGAAGAAAUUCCUCUUCCCCAACUAAGGAACAUGAUAGAAGAUGCCGCCCAAAUCCUGAAGUUCAUGCAUGGUUCUUUAGACAGUGCCUUUUGCCAGGUUGAGAACACCCCUCGUUUGGAUCAUUUCUUCAGCUUGUUCUUUGAGCGAGCUCUUCAGCCUGACAAGCUGCAUCUCAGCACCAACCCUAGUGCUCAGCAGUACGAUGCAGCCAGCGCCGUGCUUUUAGACAGCCUCCCUGCAGUCCGUUGGCUCGCACUUCCACAGGAACUCAAGGUGGAGUUGGACACAGUGCUGAGUGACCUAGAGGCUGCAGACUUCGAAGAACUGUCUGAGGAUUACUAUGACAUGAGGCGGCUGUACACAAUUUUGGGGACUUCUCUGUUUUACAAGGGUUAUUUGGUGUGCAGCCAUCUACCGAAGGAUGAUGUUGUUGAGAUUGCCGCGUACUGCCACCACUACUGCCUGCUGCCCUUAGCAGCAAAGCAAAGGAUUGGCCAGCUGAUAAUAUGGAGAGAAGUCUUCCCACGGCACCACCUCCAGCCUCCUGCAGGCGACACCGAGGUCUUCCAGGAACCCGAAGGGAGGCAUUUUUUACUAAUUGUUGGACUGCGACAUUAUAUGUUGUGUGUGCUGUUAGAAGCUGGAGGCUGUACAUCUAAAGCUACUGGGAAUCCUGGUCCAGAUUGUAUCUAUGUAGAUCAGGCCAGAACAACUCUUCAUCAGCUGGAAGGAGUAGACUCCCGCAUCGAGGAGCAGCUAGCCUCAUCUCUGGGGCCCUGCCUGUCUUGUGCUGACUGGUUCCUUGCUGCACCACAUGAAAAGGCAGAUAGUUUGACCACUUCACCCAUCCUCAGUAGACUGCAGGGGUCCACCAAGACAGCGACCUCUCCAACAUGCAGAAGAACCUUUUUCAGUGACUAUUCCUUCAAGGCGCGGAAACCCAGUCCCUCCCGGAGCAGUGGAGGAUGUGAGCCUGGUGAAGGUGGAGAAAGUGUUGGUAAUAGCCCUACUACCCCAGACGCAGUACGGAAGCAAAGAGAAUCCGAUGGUUCAGAGGACAGCGUGGCCUUGCUUAAGCUCGCUAGAAAGAAAUCGACACUUCCAAAUCCAUUUCAUUUGGGAAAUUCGAAAAAAGAACUUUCAGAAAAAGAAUUGGAAGUCUAUAACACAAUGAAGUUGACCUCUGGUCCUGAUAAUACACUCUUCCACUAUGUUGCCUUGGAAACAGUGCAGGGCAUCUUCAUCACCCCCACCCAUGAAGAGGUGGCUCAGCUAGGCGGUUCCGUCCACACUCAGCUAAUUAAGAAUUUCCAUCAGUGUUGUCUUUCUAUCCGUGCACUUUUCCAACAGACACUGAAGGAAGAGAAAAAGAAGGCACUAUGUGGUGCAGAGCUUUCGGAGUCUGCAGAUUCAGUGGCUUCUCUGACCCCUGUGAAAGAGCAUGGCGUGCUGUUUGAAUGUUCACCUGAAAACUGGACAGUUCAGAAAAAAGCACCACCAGUUAUGGCUUACUGGGUGGUGGGGAGGCUCUUCCUUCACCCAAAACCUCAGGAACUGUAUGUCUGUUUUCAUGACUCAGUCACAGAAAUCGCCAUUGAAAUGGCAUUUAAGUUGUUCUUUGGAUUAACAUUGUAG